AUGGUCCGAUGGAGCAUACUUCCAGCUGAUUGGAUUCCCAACAGUUGUAUCAUCAAUAUUUACGAUGAAGACGACUACAUUCCCACACAUAUAGACCAUCAUGAUUUUGUGAGAUCUUUUUGCAUAGUCUCUUUCAUGAGCAGAAGCAACACUUUAUUUGAGAAUGAAAUAGAUGUCAUUGGACCCGGCGAGUUCACAGGAUCUGUGGAGAUUCCACUACCAGUGGGUUCAGUGCUUGUUCUUAAAGGAAAUGGAGGAGACAUCACCAAACAUUGCAUAUCUGGGGUACAACACCGCAAGGUGUCUGUAACUUUCCGAAGAAUGGAUGACAACAAAAUUCCAUAUGGAUUUCGGUCAGACUCGGAGUUGGAAGAGCUACUGCCUUUCGAGCUAUGA